AUGGGGGUUUACCUAAGCACACCUAAAACUGAUAAAACAUCCGACGAUGGUGAGAAUGAGAAACUGAGAUAUGGAGUCUCAUCCAUGCAAGGAUGGCGCACAUCGAUGGAAGAUGCUUCAGCCCAAACAUUGAUCACUAUAGUAAUUAACCAAGAUUUUAUGUGUCAAUAUGAGGUGUUUGGUAGCAUGCUGCUUUACUUGACUUGGACAACUCCACAUCUUUCUUUGGCUUUUAUGAUGGCCAUGGAGGCAGUCUCUAAGUUCUGUGCCAAGUAUCUUCACCAGAAACUCCUGAAGCAGGAAGCUUAUGCUGCUGGUGAUAUUGGAACUGCUGCCCAAAAAUCUUUUCUCAGAAUGGAUGAGAUGAUGUGUGGACAACGUGGCUGGAGAGAGUUGGCUAUAUUGGGAAAUAAAAUGGAUCAAUUCAGUGGCAUGAUAGAGGGACUAAUUUGUGGCUUGUUAAGCUCUUUCAAUCUGUUGGGACAUACAACACCUAUCAAGGCUGGAUCCCUUCUACUUGUGGGCCCAUUUCUUGAUUACUGGUUAACAGAAAAGAGAGUCAACAUGUUUAAAUAUGAUAUUUCCUCUAUGGAUUUCUUGGUGUUAUUGAUAGAGGAUAAGGAAUUGGUCGAAAAUCCUACGAUUGAUGCUUGGUUGCUGAAGAAUAGAAAAAGUCCCUUGGUUGAUGUUGGAUCUUUUAUUGAACUCACUCCUGAUGCAUCUGAAGUGAUUCAUCAUACUACAAAUGGAAGUGGAAUGAAUUACAAGAUUAAAGAUUUGAGACUUUAA